AUGGGCGAAUGUGUCGUCGCUGCUUGCUUCUGUCGUUGGUUACCAGCGCAGUGCAGUAGAGGCCGUGCUGUCUCUCGUGGGAAACGCGUCUUCGGCACCGGCGGCUACGACCACUCCCUGGGAGGACAAGGACACGGUGGCCGAAGACACCACCACUGCGGAUUCAAUUUGGGCUCCAAUGCCGACACCAGCUCCAGCAGACAAUACCACUGCGGCUCCAACUUGGGCUCCAAUGCCGACACCACUCCAGCAGACAAUACCACUGCGGCUCCAACUUGGGCUCCAAUGCCGACACCAGCUCCAGCAAACAAUACCACUGCGGCUCCAACUUGGGCUCCAAUGCCGACACCAGAUCCAGCAGACUUUACCACUGCGGCUCCAACUUUGGCUCCAAUGACAACAGCAGAUCCAGCAGACAAUACCACUGCGGUUCCAACUGGGGCUCGAACUGGUGCUCGAACUGGGGCCCCGACCUGUGGCUCCGCCUGCGUCCAACACUACAACGUGACAACCGCCGGCGUCGGCUUCACCAUAGCGGCGGCGCUGCUCCCGGGCGCGGGCGACGUCAACGUCACGCUCGGCAACGCUGCCGGCAUCGAGCUCCGCGUGCCCUCGGCGGUGCUUGCGCAAGCGGCCGUCACGGACGAGCUGGCCGUGGCGGCCUGCCUCACCGUGCUGAGCGCCCCCUUCCCGGAGACCCGGGCGGCCUCCCAGCAGGUGAGCGUCGGCGUGGUCGAGGACGCCCUCUCCGGGGUCUGGGCCGACCUCUCCGGCGUCCUGCUCGCGGAGCCGGCGUACCUCACGCUGCUGCCGCAGAAGGACGGGGGACGGAGUCCGCUGUGCCAUCUGGGACAACUCGCAGGGAGCUUGGUCGUCCGCGGGCGUCGAGGAGGUCAUCCACGACGGUUCGGUAUUGAUGUGCAGAACAAACUACACAGGUGUAUUCACUGCCUUGUACGUCGAAACGAUGACGACCACGGCCUCGCCGAACGACACGGAGGACGACGAUCGGAAUGGGACGCUGUGCGAGCACACGCUAGUUCUGACUGGGGAUGCUCUUCGGCACGCCGUGCAGGAUGGCGAGUGGCCAUUUGGCUUGCCCGGUCUGCUCUUUCUGGUGCUGCUUCUGGUGACGCUUGCCUCGCUGGUGCUGGCGUGCCGCGUGGAUGCACGGUGGGCCCGACGGCACCGGGCGGACAGCAAGCAGCUCCUCGUCGGCCGCGGGGCCGCGGGCGACAGACACCCCGGCGGCAUGGCCUGCCUCUGCGAGCAGCUCGCGGGCCUCGCCGACCCGGCCUGGGCAUCCUACAGCCUGACCUACCACGCGCUCGCUUACCAGGAGCAGGUGGCGGUGGGGACCGUGCGCGCCAUCGCCGAGCGCUCGCGUCGGCGCGCGGACUGCUCGGGCGCCUCGGCGACGACCCCGAUCUGCAGCGUGGCCGCAUGGGUGGCCGUCGACCAUCUCGCCGAGGGCGGAGAGACGCCGCUGAUCACCUCCAAGAGGGCGGUGUCGGUGUGCGACGCCUUCUGGUGCUCGAGCCUCUGCCAGAGACUGUGGGUCGUGUUCCUUGCCUUGAAUCCACUGCUCCGCUGGCGACGCUACAGCGUGUUCGUCCAGAGCCAGACUCGCCUGCUUGUUGUGGCAGGCGAGGUUUUCGGCUCGCUGGUCGCGAUCGUGCUCUGCCUGGGUGA